AUGAUCACCCUCUGCUACAAGCUCCUAUAUAAAGGGAAAUUCAUCCCAGUAGGUCGAAGAAUAUUCAGGGAAAAGCUGAUAAGUGGGAGGAAACAAAAAUCUCCCAUCAUUUUGCUGCCGCCCUACAUAACCAUACACGAGCUUAGGUUAAUGCUCAACAUAAACUACGAUACUUGUUUCAAAGCGGCAAAUGUGUACAAGAGUGGAAACGUAUAUAAAUGGAAGGACUCGGAAGAUAGGACCUUCCAAAGUGUGAACAAAAGGAACGUAAUUAUCCCCUACAGCACUGCUGCUUAUGUAAGUAAAAUUUUUAAGUUUAAGCCGAGACUCAUCCAGGUGGAAUUAUUUUGCGAAGAGGAAGAGAAAAGCAGUGGGACGCUACAGGAUGUGUACAGGAAGGUCUACUUGGCGGAGGAGUACCAUGAGAAUUGCAGUUAUGACCCCCCGAGUUUACCGCCCAACGAGAGAAGAACCCAACUGGAGGAUAAAAAAAAAAGCUACUACACCGUUGUGUCUGUGAUAGGUCACAUCAAUCAUGGGAAAACCACCAUGCUGGACAAGAUGACGAACAACAACUUGGCUUUAAGUGAAGCGGGCUGUAUCACGCAAAAUAUAAAACCUAUACAUUUCGAACAUGGGCCUUUUAAGUUUACCUUUGUCGAUACCCCAGGACAUAAGGUUUUUCAAAUUUUCAGAGGAAGGGCAGCUUUCCUCUCAGACAUAUUAAUCAUAUUAAUAUCCCUAGAAGUAGGAGCAGAAAUACAAACGGAGGAAGCAAUUAAAUACGCCGAUAAAUUUGGAAUUCCAGUCAUCUUUGUUCUAAACAAAGCAGAUCUGUAUGGAGAAAAUGAGUCCAUAGUAAAAGCCGAGUUAAGAAAGCAAUGCACAAAUAUGUAUGAUGAUGGAAAUUUAAAACAUAAUUUUUCGAAGGAAAUUGAAAAUGCGAUUGCUAUAUCCUCACUGACGGGUUACAAUUUGGACAAGCUAAUCAACAGACUAUUUUUUAUUUCUCAUUAUAUUGACUUGCCGUAUCACAGUGUGAACAGGUUUUACAACACUUGUGAGGCCAUACGGGAUGCCGACUUAGGUGUUGGGAACUCCCUCGGGGGGGGAAACUCGCGUGAUAACCCCCCUGAUGGUGACACCUCUCGUGAUAAUGCCCCUCAUGGUAACACCCCUCACGGUAACCCCCCCCGUGAGGAGAAAACUCACCCAAGCAUGCACAACACAGAAAAAGCAAAGGAAAGGAGAAAAUCAGAUCUGAAUCUACUGCAAAAGUAUAUUAGAAAAUCGGACUGCCUACUAGCCAUAGAUAAGAACCCAAUGGGCAUGGGUAUGGUGGUAGAUGUAAGCAAAGACUCCAGCAAGGGGACAGUUCUUCAUGUCAUUGUCCGAAACGGAUUUUUCAUCGAAGGCAGUUAUUUUAUAUGCGGUUCUGCAUAUGGAAAAAUUCAAAAAAUGUAUAAGUUUAAUAGUAACUUUAAGGAAAGCUGCAGCUAUGCCGGCAUAGGGAUGGCUGUACUAAUCAGUGGAAUCAAGAAGCAUGGAAACGCAACAACGGAUGAUUUAAUUUUUACCCUCCCACAGAGUAACGCUUUUAGGUUAUGUCAGUAUAGACUCAUGGUCGAAAAGUUAGCCACUCUACAGGUAACUGGAAAAGAAAUCAAAGUCUCCUGGGAAAAUGACAUGAAGAAAAAUGAAUUCCAUGCGGAAGAUAUUUAUCAAAAUAGACUCGCAAUGUCGGAUAAAAGAAAAGCCAUCGAAGAGUUCGGCAUAGAAAAGGAAAACAUAUUCGAAGAUGUAUCUGUGCGGGAAUUUCACAAAAGUAACACGCAAAGGAAGAAGGAAGAAGAAGAGGAAGAGGAAGAGGAAGAAGAAGGAGAAGAGGAGGAAGAAGAAUCUGUAGUAAUCCAAUUGGAGGAAGAAAACAAAUAUGAGGACCUAUCCAGGGUUAAGAAAAAAAAAAUACAAACCAUCCUCUCGCAGGGUGAUUCAAAUGAAAGCAUUUUAGUACCUGAAGAAAAAAACACCUUUUGCUUUUUUGAAAGCCCCAAAGGGGGUGAACAGCUCGACGCGUUGGCCAGUUCCUACCCGGGAGGAGGCAGUCACCAAGAGAAGGAUCAGACAAACAGCCCAAGUGGUGCACCAAAUAUAAAUCCCCUGACAUACGAACAACGAGAAGCAGCAAACGGUAUCACGAACGAAACAAAUAAUCAUGUUCCAAGCAGAUGUUAUAACACGGAAAGUGCUACACUGUAUGAGCACGUAAAAGGGGGAAAAAAGGAGGACGUACACGAGGGGAAAGGAAAGACACACCCCAUGUUGGGAAGACCCCCCCUUGGAAGAGGAAGGAAAAGCAGACACGCCCAGGAUUCCAGCGCAACGAAUGGGCAAUCUUCUCAAGAAGCGGCGGAUUCUCAUAGAGAACCGUACAACGAUGAGAAGAAGCUGAACGACCCAUGGUACUACGAAGAAAGCGAAGAGACGUGGGCUAAAAAAGUCCUCAAAAGAAACGAUGAACUUAUGGAAACGUGGAGAAACAAAACGAGGCAAAGGGAAAUCGAAAAAGAGAGACAAAUUUUUUACGAAAAACAAAUGAUUUUGAAAAAUGAAAUUCUAAGGAGAAAACUCUUGGGCGAAGAAAAACUAACUGAAGAGGAGAUUAACGCAUAUCUCUAUGAUGAACAAAAAAGCAACGCAAAUAAUUCUCAAGCAUCAAGUAGCGCUGAGCCUAUAGAACUGCCUGCAAAAAAUUGCCCAGUUAUACCCAUCAUAAUCAGAACCAACUAUGUUGGAAUGUUCGACAUAUUUCUAGACGAAUUUGAAAAUCUCCAAAAAAUUUAUAAUGUUAAAAUAUCUGUCGUUCAUGGUGGAAUAGGUCCCAUAACCCCAAACGACGUUGUUCAUGCAGAAGUAGAAAGUAAUUUUGGCUAUUGUUGCAUUUACGCUUUUCAAGUCAAAGUUUUACCUGACUCGGUAAAGCAAUCAGUGCUCUCCAAUAUUGUGAUAAAACAAUUCGACGUUUUCACCGACCUAAUAGACGAUGUUGUGAAUAGAAUUAAAAAUAUUAAGGCACUAAUUGCACAUAAUAUGUAUGUGCGAAGUCUCAAAAAUGAAAGAACACAGGAGGGGGUGUAA